GCAGAUUAUCGAAAGUCGGAGGUCCCCUGCUGCAGCAAGGAAUUUAACUUUCUGCUUGUGUAAGCUAAGUGGGCUGCAGGCAAGAUAUCUAUACGAGUCCCCAUCAGAAGUGCCUGCAAUGGAACCCACUUAUUGCGCAUCCUUCUCCGACAGAUCCUGAUUUGUCUGAGGGAGUGAGAAAAUGUCAUCAGGAGACGAUGGCCUCGGGGGGAAAAAAGUCCCAGUAUUGCUGUUUUGUAGUGGAAAGCGAUGGGAGAGACGGGGUGUGUCUGUGUGUCCUGGGAGAGAGACUGGUGAAGGGUCUGUACCACGUUGAUCUUCGGUGCAUUUCUCUUUUGGUCCAAGCCAUAUGAGGGUCUUGGAGCCGACCGAGAGCCUCAACGGGGUCAGACCAUUUGCCUCCUGUCAGUGCUCAAUGGAGAGACUAAGCUUAGGUGUACGGAUGCAAUCCGUCGAUCAGCUUCUAGCACAAUUUUGUGCUUGGUGCUCAAGUUUCAGAGGGAGAGUGCAAAAGAAGAAGAGUAAAACAAAAAAAGGAAAAGAAAAGAACCAGAAUUUUGACUGCCGAGAAGAGGAAGGCGAGGCAGUAAAACCCCUGACGACGCAUCAUCAUCGCGAGGAAUUGCAUUUCGGACCGGGGGGGGGGGUUCCUCUGGGAACUCAUCCAUACACAUUCAUAUACCACACGUACAUACACACGCACACACGCAUACACGCACACCAGCCAUACUCGCACGCACGCACGCACACACAAACCCCGGCCGGUCAUCAGCCGGAUAGUGAGGUUCCCUGCCCAAAUAGGGAGAAGCAACGAGGAUCAUCCGCGGUGGUGGUCAACAGAACUUGAUGCAUGGGGACUCUGAUUGGCGCACAUUGCUUUUUUUCCAUUUGUUUUGGGAGCAUCCACCGAUUUCAAGUUCCGAUGUGUGUGCGUAUGUAAGUGUGUAUGCAAGUAGGGGUAGUGGGACGGACGGAAGGUACAGGUACAGGCACAGGCACACAGGUACUGAGACAGGUCCAGAAACCGAGUACAGUAAUAGUGAGGAUAAACUGGAGGAUA